AUGGCAUCUCAGGACCCAGUGCAGUCCCUUACGGCGAUAUUCAAGGCGGAGGAACAGGAGGGCAAGGAUUUGGUCCCGGUACUCGAGAUGUUGAAAGCACUGAACCCCGAGAAGGCCGAGGAAGAUAUGGAGAAGCUGAAGCAGGCGGUAAAGGCCUGUGCAGAUGCUAGUCGUGAAGAGGAAUGGCGUACGCCAAUUGGUGAAGCUCAGAUACUCACGUUCUUCCAGAGUGUACUUGCAUCAAACUACAAGGACCAUGACAUCUGUCUCCACUCUCUUCGUCUCCUUGGGAACUGUUGUGCCGAUAAUGACAAGAACCGCCAACGUGUGAUCGAUAAUCCGGAGUCCCUUACCCCAAUACUUGAAUGUAUAAAAAACCCAGAUUUACAAAAAGUUGGACUUAUGGUCCUUCAUAAUAUUUGCCUAGACUACGAGCCCUCCCAGUUGAAAGCUAUCUCGGACGGCGCCUGUCCUGUUCUUUUGGAAAUAAUCGGACGUGAAGGGUUCCUAGAAGACGAGGAGCUUGACUACUUUGGCCGUGUUCUCGAGCUACUUGUUUCUCAUGAUGCUGGAAAAGAAGCUUGUCCCCCCUCGGCUCUGAAGACAUUCCUCUCUCUUGCCACUUCCCCGCUAUGCUCAUUUGACGAUCAGCUCUCACUCUCCACGCUAAUCUCAUCACUCCUCACCUCGUCAGAAUUCCAAACCACCCUAAUCUCUUCUGACCUAUUCCCACAAACUCUCGAUCUUUUCGAGAAGUCACUUACCCCCCCGGAAUCCGACUCGGAAAAGCAGGAUGCUAAACUCAUCGCCCACGCCCGUAAAGCCCUUCUAGAGAACAUUGGUGAUUUGUCCUCUCAUAACGACUUCCGGGAUGCAUACCCUCUUUCUAGCCCUGUCAUCGCCCGCGUUCGGGGCUGGCUGAACGAGACGGAUGAUGAAAAGAUAGACUUGACCGUAGCUGCUUGUCUUAUCCUCGGUAAUGUCGGUCGUAGUGAUGAGGUUUGCAGCAGUCUGGUGCAGGAAUAUGAGGUGCACAAAGACCUGUUUGGCAUCAUAAGACGUACGAUCAAGAAGUACAACGACGCUAAAGCUGCGGCUUUGGCUAAGAAAGAGAAGGCAGUGCCUGUUCCAGAGGGAGAGGAGAAGCCAGGUGCGGGACAAGGUGCUGUGGCAGUGGGGGUUCUCCAUGCUGCGACGGGAGUGCUAAAGAACCUUGCAAUCGCGAAGACAAACAAAGCGGCGCUUGGAAGUGCAGGUGUGUUCGACCUGAUAUGGGACAUGUUGAGCAUGGAGGGAGUGGGAGUGGGACAAGUUUGGUAUUCGGCUGUUGGACUAGGGAGAUUGGUCUGCGUUAAUUGCAUUGAAAACGUAACUCUCGCAUUGCAACCAUCUCCCGAGAGAGACGAAAAAACAAUUCUUACCCGCUGUCUUGAGAUUUACAACACCGCGGAAGAACUACCCACCAGAACCGAAAUCGCACGAACCAUCGUUGCCAUGUUCCGUGUCCUCAACGCCUCAUCUACCUACACCUCCACCUCCCCAGAACUGGAGGGAAAGCUCUACACUCACAAGAUCGCAGCACCUCUUUGGGGUAUGAUAACCCAGGACAAAUGGCCUGUCGUCCGCACAGAAGGACUGUUUGGACUGGUCAUCAUGGCGAGAGGUGCAGCGGAGAGCGUGUGGAUGGGAUGCGGCGUGGAAGAGGAAAAGGCGUUGAAGGAGCUCAAAGCACAGGACCUUGAUAAUGCCAUUAUCCUGAUGUCUGAGAUCAAGAAGAAUCUGGGCGAUGACGCGGAUGAUAGGGUUGGAGAAUUGUUGAGUGUCUUGGUGGAGAAGAAGGGGAGUGAUGUGGCGGAAAGUGUGGCCAGGCUGGCUAUCUGA